AUGGGCAUAAAAAUUCUCUUUUGCAUUCUGUUCAUUAUCUCAUUGAGUCACUCCGUUUUAUCGAAGGCUGAUGAUAAGAAACCAUCUGGUCUCACUCCUAAUCUCAUUCACAGAGACUCCAUUGAAUCAAACGACCUUACCCGCAUUGAAAAGUUCCGAAAAAUCAUUGAUCGUUCAAAACUUCGAGUUAAUGGUACACCUCCAACCGUAGAUGGUCCAUACCUGAUUUUAGAUACCGCUGCCGAACUUACUUGGCUCCAGUGCGAUGGUUGCAUCGACUGUUUUAAACAGAAACAACCUCUGUAUAAUCCUCAUGACUCUUCUACAUACAAAUUGCUUCCUUGUGAUCACCCAUUGUGUAAAUUUUAUGAAUGUAAUCAUAAUCAUUGCAAAUUCAAAGAAUGGGAUAGUCCGGAUGUGCAUGUUGAAGGAUUUAUGUCAACAGAUUGUUUUGGUUUUAACGUUAGUUAUAUCAAUUCUACGGUUCUUGACGGAGUUGUUUCCGGUUGUGCAUGUGGAACCGUCGGGUUUGGCUUCCAAGAUAAUCCCGAUAACAAUAUCAAUGGCGUAUUCGGUUUAGGCCCGGGUCCUCGUUCGUUCGCUUCUCAGUUUGCUCCUCGGGGACUUUUCGGUUAUUGUUUAGCAGAUUGGCAUUUUGGACCCCCUGACUAUCCAGGUAAAUUGAUGUUCGUGGAUGAAGCACUACUCCCUAUCAGUGGCCAUGUUCAAAUAACUCCGAUUGUGGAGACAGAUGCCAGAAGCUAUUUCUUGAAGUUGGCGGAUAUUCAAAUAGAUACAAAGUGUUUAGGUUUUGAACGGGGUAAAUUCGACCGUGCAAUUAAUGGGCAUGGUGGCUUUAUUAUCGAUUCUGGAACGUCGAUUAGUUACUUCGCCAAUGAUGUCUAUGAUCGUGUGAGGCAAGUAUUUGUUGAUUAUAUGAAAACUCUUGGCUUACCGGAGAUGGAUGCAUCAUCACACCACUUGGAUUUGUGUUGGCAUAUACCAGAUGGUUUACCAUCUGACCUCCCAUCCAUGGUAUUAUAUUUACAAGAUAACGAGUAUCCCGAUGAAACAGCUGAUUGCGGAAAUCAAGUAGGAGCUCAGCUUAUAAUCGAUCCAUUAAGUCUUUUCCAUAUCGAAGAGAAGGAAGAUCCUCAGUUAUGUCUUGGGAUUAUGCGUACUAAUGGUACAGAUCCUGAAUUAAACAUUUUGGGAGCUAAGCAACAAACUAAUAACAAGUUAUCGUUCGAUGGACAGAAUAAGACACUCUCGUGGAUGACAUGGGAUUGUGGGCUACCACCUAACUAA